AUGAAGGCCUACGAAUGGCCGACGUCGACAAAGGACAAGGAACGCAAGGUGUUGCUCGUCAAUGUCAACGGCAAGGUGUCUGCUAUCGCUCCAAAGUGCACCCACUACGGCGCUCCACUCGAGAAGGGCGUGCUCAGCGAGGGCGGCAGGAUCGUGUGUCCCUGGCACGGGGCCUGCUUCAAGUCUGCCUCGGGAGAUAUCGAAGAUGCUCCCGGUCUCGACUCGCUCGAAAGCUUCAAGGCGGAAGUCGAGGGCGACAAGAUCUUUGUGACUGCAGAUAAUGCCGCGAUAGAUCGUAAUAAUCGCAAGCCAACCUUCAAGGCUACUGGCAGUAAAAGCAGCUGUAGCAAAGGUACAGUCAUUGUUGGGGGUGGCUCUGGCGGUGCAUUCUGCGCCGAGGGACUGCGAGAAUAUGGCUAUCAGGAUCCUGUCACGCUGAUCACGAUGGACAACUACAUGCCAAUCGAUCGGACAAAGCUGUCCAAAGCGCUCAUCGAUGAUCCUUCCAAGGUCGCGCUUCGUGAUCAAGCCUUCUACGACUCGAUAAAUGUCAAUGUGAAGCUAGGUACGAAGGCUGUCUCACUUGAUCCUCGUCAGAAGUCCCUCAAGCUUGACAAUGGCUCGGAGAUCAGCUAUGAUAAGCUCGUCCUCGCAACGGGCGGUGCGGCCAAGAGGCUGCCUCUGGACGGUGUGAAUCUGAAAAACAUCUACACCCUACGAGAUAUCACUGACACAAAGGCGAUCAAUGCAAGUCUCGGCAACGACGAAAAUAUCAAGAAGAACCUGAUCAUCGUUGGUUCUAGCUUUAUUGGAAUGGAAGCCGCUGUCGCUACUGCAAAGCGUGCACAUGUUACAGUCGUAGGACAAGAAAAGACGCCCUUUGAAAAGAUUCUGGGACCUGAAGUCGGCGCCGGCAUACAACACUACCACGAGAAGCAAGGGGUCAAGUUUGCGCUCGACAAUGGCUUGUCGCAUUUCGAGCCGUCGGAGAAUGAUAAAGAAGCAGUCGGUUCUGUCGUCCUUCAAUCUGGCCAGAAGCUGCCUGCCGACCUUGUCAUCCUCGGCGUUGGCGUGGGGCCGCGAACCGAGUUGCUCAAGCCCUACGUCGAGAUCAACAAGGAUGGCAGCGUGAGCACUGACGAGUUCCUGCAAGUCAAAGGUCUCGACGACAUUUAUGCCAUCGGCGACAUUGCAAACUAUUUCGACGUCAAGCUCGGCUCGAAUCAUCGCAUUGAGCAUUGGAAUACAGCCGGAAACCAUGGUCGAGCAGUCGCCGAGACGUUGUCGGGAAACAAGCAGGCGUAUUCGAAACAAGCCAUCUUCUGGUCUGCUCAGGGUACUCAACUUCGCUAUGUGGGCACGUCAGAAGCAUCACAGUGGCAGGAUGUGCUCGUCAAGGGCGAUCCCGGGGAGCUCAAGUUUGUGGCCUACUACUUCAAGGAUGACGCCGUGGUCGCCAUCUGCACGAUGCAAAAUGAUCCCAUGGUGAGCUACGCAAGCGAGCUCCUGAGACUAGGCAAAUUCCCGAGUGCAAAGGAGAUCAAGGCGGGCAAGGAUCCGCUGGAGAUCAAGAUAAAGCUAUAA